AUGUCCGGCGCACCCCCUACUUCAACCUACGUCAACGAGUCGAUCGUCAUCAACGCCGUGAGUCCUCCCGUGGCCAUCCUUCUCGCCUCAUUCGACGGCUUCCAUGUCGUUCCGCCCGCACGUCAUCGUCACCCAGCAUCGACCACUGACGUGAACGGCUGAAGGUGCAAUACCAAAGAAUCUCCUACUGAUUUGGUUUAUUUGCAAUUUGAUUUAUCCCCACAGCCCGUGGCCAAGGUGUGGCACCUGAUCAAGUUGCAAGACUUCUCAAAGUGGUACUCGGCGUUGGCCUCCAGUUCAGCGGGUGGGUUUCCGCUCUCUAAUUAGGAGGAUCCUGAUCAGGGGCCGUCGAAGCAGGCCCCUCUUCUCGUCCGGGGAGGACGACUCGUUUUCAGACUCGUGCUUUGGUAUCACAUAGUCCUCGAUGCUUGAAACUGACCCUCUUUUCUCGACUCUCACCUUCUCCAGCCAAGAAUAUCUCGGACGAAGUGACCGACUCGGCGAUCUGGAAGUUCAAGGACGGCCACCAAUUGACCGUCAAGCAGGAGGAACACUCGGCGAUCAACCACUCCAUCACUUACUCCGUCGUCGAAGCGGAACCAGCUUUGACUUACCACUCUGUUUUGUCGUAAGUAGGCUCUUUCGCGAACUUGGCUUCUUCCGCGAACUUGGCCUCGAAAAAUCCGACCAAAAUCCUGAUCGAUGAACGCGCUCCUCUCCCUCCACACGAACAGCACCAUCACCGUCUCCCCCGUGACGACCGGUCCUUCCGAGGGUUCGUCGUACGUCACUUGGUCCGGCUCGUUCUCGUCCGAUGCCGACGCCGGCGUCAUCGCCGAUGCGAGCUACAAGCGAAAGGAGGCUUUGGCCGACCUCGCCAAGGCUGUCGCUUGA